AUGAGGGUGUCGCUGCGCGGAGCGGCGGGCGGCGGGCGGCUGGGGGUGCUGGCGGGCCUGGGCCGGGGCGGGGCCGCCGCCCUGCCGCUGCCGGGCUGCCUGCUCUACACGCGGACCGGCUCGGCGCCCCACCUCACCCGCGACACGCUGCAGGCGGUCGGCGGCGUCCCCGCCGUGGCGCAGCUCGCCCUGCCCGCCAUGGCAGAACUUCACGAGGUCCUGGAAGAAUAUAAAGAAGGAGCUGCGAAAUUUAUAGGUAUGCCAGACACGGUGCUGUACUGCUCCCUUCAUGACCCUGUCGCUCCCUGUCCAUCUGGCUACAACACAAACAAGACAGUGUCCCUGUGGGGAAACUCGGGGCGCAUGGAAAUGACAGCUUCCAAGUUCAUGGACAUACAGCGGGCCAUCCAGCCAGACUGGUUCCAGUGCAUCUCUGAUGGAGACACCAUUUCUGGGGAAGUUGGUAGAAAAAGGGCCAAGAAGUCUGUGGAUAGGUCGCUUUCCUUCUUGGAUGUUUGCCUUCAGCUGUUAGAAAAAUCACCGGAACUACAAGGAAGUGUAAUGUUUGGGGCAAUUGAAGGUGGAGAUGUCUUGGAAGAGAGGCUCAGAUCAGCCAGGGAGACUGCCAAGCGACCUGUGGGUGGCUUUCUGCUAGAUGGCUUCCAGGGAUGUGCCAUGGCCAAGGAGACCAAGUUGAAACUGAUAGCUUCUGUCACAGCAGAGCUGCCAGAAGAUAAACCAAGAAUCAUCCAUGGUGUAGGCAAACCAGAUGAGGUGCUUGAGUGCAUUGAAAGGGGAGUGGACAUUUUUGAGAGUUUCUUUCCCUUCCAAGUGACAGAGCGAGGCUGUGCCUUGGUUUUCAGUUAUGACUGCCAUCCAGAUCCUGAAGCAGCAGUUUUAAAACAAAAUGGGGCCCAGGACCUGGAGAAGAAUGGUGCUAAAGAAGACCAGGAUGAAAUCUCCAAAGCUGACCCAGAAAUGACACCAUUUGAGAUAUUUCUGAAGGACAGAAGGUACCAAGAUGAUUUUGGUCCUGUGCUGGAAGGAUGCACCUGUUACUGUUGUCAGAGGCAUACUCGUGCCUACGUCCAUCACCUCCUGGUGACCAAUGAGCUGUUGGCCGGUGUCCUGCUCAUGAUGCACAACUUCCAGCACUACUUCAGUUUCUUCAGUGCCAUACGGGAUGCCUUAAGAGACAAUAAACUGGAUCAGCUGAAAAAGCUUGUCUUUGGGCAGGCUCUUCAAGGCCCAGCAAACAUGAAGCCAGGCCAGUGAGUUCAGAGACAAUAAAGGAGGUCGUAGGCUACAUCCUCAUCCCGUGGGACUGUGUAAGGUGGACUGCCAGCAGGGUCAUGUGGACCUGUUAGUAGUAGAGUGCAUUCCUUCCUGGAGGGAAUUGAAGGAGACAUUUGAAGAAGAUCUUGCUUCCUGGCAGGGAAGGAAGAUCUUAUUCAAAUGUCCCUAUUGGUUAAUUGGCUUGGUGCCUUCUUGGGCUAUGGAAGAGCCUGAACAGCUCACAAGACCAGUAUGGAUACUUUGUUUUCAGUUACUUGCUGUUGGUUUUCCAUGUGGAAGGACAGAAUUAAUGAACUUGCGUUUGAAGAAAAAGCAGGACAUAUAUUUAAAAUUAAUCCAGCUGCUGACAGGAGGCUCAGCAGCUGUUUGGGACUCUCAUUCCGUAUCCAAUGCAUAUUACAGGUAAUUAUUUUUCUAGAAAAUCCCAGUGGUGUGGUUGUCCCAUCAUGCAGCUCCUUGAUGGAGAUCCUGCCUCAGUCUAACGCCCUGUUCCUUGUGGCCACUGGCAGCAUCUGUGUCCCUGAAAAGUGCUGAUUGGAAGCACUGCUGUGUUCAGUGGCACAGGGAACUGUAUGUUUACUUAUCUCUCAGGCCACCUGCAGGGCAGAAUGUUCUCUGGGCCAGGAGGAGGCCCUCCACCUUGGCCUGGCCUUGAAAACCACUGCCUCAGGAGUCCUGCUCUUUGACGUUAGACCCAGAAAGAAGAAAAAGUGUUUCAUUCACAUCCUGCUCUAGAGAGUUUUUUGACUUUGUACCCUUUCACCUGUAUGGACUAAGAUUGCACUUCCUAGCUAGCUUGUGGGUGAUAAUGAAUGUACCAUUCUUUCCAACUGUCCUAGUGCUGGUCAAAUAGCAGGUUACUUACACAAAUGUCAGUGUGAGAUGGAGCUGUGGAAGAGAUGUAUUGCAGGAAAAGGUAUUCAGAAAAGAUUCUUGUGGGUCCUUGUUUUAAAUAUGACUUAUGUCACAUUUCUCUUAUUCAGGUUUUUUUAUGGCCUUUACUUUGGAAUCCUGGAUUUAUUCAUUUUGUUACAAAGCAACAAUAAAAAAAUUUAUUAUUUGUUGUA